AUGGCUGCUGUGCUCUUUGGCUUUGAGGAUCUGCUCUACAGCUGGGACAGCCUGGUGUGGAGCCUGACGUCCCGAGCUCUGAGGACUUGCCGCUUUGGAAACCUGAGGGUCCUGCAGCUCAUGCUGAAGCCAUGGUGCAUUUCCAGAGCCGUUUAUCAGAUGACGGAGGGCCGCAGAUGCCAAGUGCACCUCCUUGACGACAGGAAGCUGGAGCUCCUCGUUCAGCCAAAACUUUUGGCCAAGGAGUUGCUUGACUUGGUGGCAUCUCAUUUCAACCUGAAGGAGAAGGAGUACUUUGGAAUUGCAUUCACAGAUGAAACGGGACACUUGAACUGGCUUCAGCUGGACCGCCGGGUGCUGGAACAUGACUUCCCCAAAAAGUCAGGACCAGUUGUGUUGUACUUUUGUGUCAGGUUCUACAUUGAAAGCAUCUCCUAUUUAAAGGACAAUGCCACCAUUGAGCUGUUUUUCUUGAACGCCAAAUCCUGCAUCUACAAGGAACUCAUUGAGGUUGACAGUGAAGUGGUGUUUGAACUGGCUGCAUACAUCUUGCAGGAGGCAAAGGGAGAUUUUUCAAGCAAUGAAGUUGUAAGGAAUGAAUUAAAGAAGCUGCCAGCCCUUCCAACACCAGCACUGAAGGAGCAUCCUUCCCUCGCUUACUGUGAGGAUCGAGUCAUUGAACAUUACAAGAAACUAAAUGGUCAGACAAGAGGUCAAGCAAUUGUGAAUUACAUGAGCAUUGUAGAAUCCCUCCCAACAUAUGGAGUGCAUUAUUAUGCCGUAAAGGACAAGCAGGGCAUUCCUUGGUGGUUAGGACUUAGCUACAAGGGGAUUUUUCAAUAUGACUACCAUGACAAAGUGAAACCAAGAAAGGGCAGUAGCCCACAGGCACCAGAGGAGAGGCGGUCAGUGCAGGUGCAGGAGGGGAACUACUGCCUUAGCAGGCUUGAGGACUUCAGAGUGCUGGGAAAAGAGUCGACCACCCCUUGCACUGCACAGGCAUCUGUGACCAGGAGGACUUUUGGGCAUAGUGGCAUUGCUGUGCAUACGUGGUACGCCUGUCCAGCACUAAUAAAGUCCAUCUGGGCUAUGGCCAUUAGUCAACAUCAGUUCUACCUGGACAGAAAACAAAGCAAGUCCAAGAUACAUGCUGCAAGAAGCCUGAGUGAGAUUGCCAUUGACCUGACUGAAACUGGAACGCUCAAGACCUCAAAGCUGGCCAACAUGGGGAGUAAAGGCAAAAUUAUCAGCGGCAGCAGUGGGAGUCUUCUGUCAUCAGGUUCCCAAGAGUCAGAUAGUUCUCAGUCUGCCAAGAAAGACAUGCUGGCUGCACUGAAAUCCAGGCAAGAAGCUUUGGAAGAGACACUGCGCCAACGCUUAGAAGAGCUAAAGAAACUGUGUCUCCGAGAAGCGGAGCUCACAGGAAAGCUGCCACGAGAAUACCCCCUAGAUCCUGGGGAGGAGCCACCUAUUGUAAGGAGAAGAAUCGGAACUGCCUUUAAAUUGGAUGAGCAGAAAAUCCUGCCUAAGGGAGAGGAGGCAGAGCUGGAGCGCCUGGAGAGGGAGUUUGCCAUUCAGUCCCAGAUCACAGAGGCUGCCCGGCGCCUGGCGAGUGACCCAAACGUCAGCAAAAAGCUGAAGAAACAGAGGAAGACAUCCUACCUGAAUGCCCUGAAGAAACUGCAGGAGAUCGAAAAUGCCAUCAAUGAGUAUCGCAUCAAAUCUGGAAAGAAGCCAACCCAGAGAGCCUCCCUGAUCAUAGAGGAAGGAAACAUUGCCAGCGAAGACAGCUCCCUCUCGGAUGCCCUUGUUCUCGAGGAUGAUGAUUCUCAGGUCACCAGCACAAUAUCCCCUCUCCAGUCCCCACACAAAGGACUCCCUCCCCGGCCACCCUUGCACAACAGGCCUCCUCCUCCGCAGUCGCUGGAAGGCCUCCGCCAAAUGCAUUACCACCGCAAUGACUAUGACAAGUCCCCCAUCAAACCCAAGAUGUGGAGCGAGUCAUCCUUGGAUGAACCCUAUGAGAAGGUCAAGAAACGCUCCUCACACAGUCAUUCCAGCAGUCACAAGCGGUUCCCCAGCACUGGGAGCUGUGCCGAGGCAGGAGGGAGCAGCUCACUGCAGAACAGCCCCAUCCGGAGCCUUCCCCACUGGAACUCCCAGUCCAGCAUGCCAUCAACGCCGGAUCUACGGGUACGCAGUCCGCACUACGUCCACUCCACGCGGUCAGUAGACAUCAGCCCAACCAGACUGCACAGCUUAGCUCAGCACUUUAGACACCGGAGCUCCAGUUUGGAGUCGCAAGGCAAGCUCCUCGGCUCAGAAAAUGAGACAGGGAGCCCUGAUUUCUACACCCCAAGGACUCGUAGCAGUAACGGCUCUGACCCCAUGGAUGACUGCUCUUCCUGCACCAGCCAUUCCAGCUCUGAGCACUACUACCCUGCUCAGAUGAACCCCAACUACUCCACCCUGGCAGAGGACUCCCCAUCAAAAGCCAGAGAGCGACAGAGGCAAAGGCACAAAUCGGCGGGCAACCUGGUCUCUUCUAAUUCAGGGAGUAUGCCCAACCUGGCUGCGAGGAAUGGGACGGGGCACCACCGCGUCUACCUGCACAGCCAGAGCCAACCCUCCUCCCAGUACAGGAUCAAAGAGUAUCCCCUGUACAUCGAGGGCAGCUCCACACCCGUGGUGGUGCGGAGCUUGGAGAACGACCAGGAGGGACACUACAGCGUGAAAGCACAAUUCAAAACCUCCAAUUCCUACACAGCGGGGGGGAUGUUUAAGGAGAACUGGCACGGGGAUGAAGUGGACUCUGUCAGGCUCACCCCCUCCCGCUCUCAAAUCAUAAGGACUCCAUCUCUGGGCAGGGAGGGCCACGAGAAAGGCUCGGGUAGGACUGCCGUGUCGGACGAGCUGCGGCUCUGGUACCAGCGGUCCACGGCCUCCCACAAGGAGCACAGCCGCCUCUCGCACACGAGCUCCACUUCCUCAGACAGCAGCUCCCAGUACAGCACAUCUUCGCAAAGCACCUUUGUGGCACACAGCCGGGUCACGAGAAUGCCUCAGAUGUGUAAAGCAACAUCAGCUGCCUUACCUCACAGCCAGAGGAGUUCAACACCAUCGAGUGAACUAGCAGCCACGCCGCCGGGCAGUCCCCACCACAUUCUCACAUGGCAGACUGGGACCUACAAUGAUAGCUGUUUCCUGGAUUCUCCCCUCUAUCCAGAAUUAGCAGAUGUCCAGUGGUAUGGGCAGGAAAAAGCCAAGCCUGGGACUCUAGUGUGAACCCCUGACCUCAAGUUAAUCACAUCAAUGCCAUUCUGAGAUCACCUCACUGCCUCUCAUUUGCCUUCCCCAGACGCACUGUCACCCAGCACCAGCUUCCACUCUAAGCACUUUUCUCACGAUGCAAUUCAAGAUGACAUUUACAGAACACUGGCCCCGAGACACCCACCACGACAGCGACGGACCGCAGCGCAUCCCACCGCCAGACUGCUGCGCGUCCCUCCCACGGCCCGCGGGGCAGCGGGUGCGGAUGAGCAGCCAUCCUAAUAGUCAGUCAGCAAUUUAAAAAUUGAUUUUCCUUUGAAACGGUGGAAGCCUUUCAAGGCUUGCAUCAAAUCUUUCUGUUCUGUGGCACGUAACACCAGUAAGAUUUCCA